UAUUUUCCUGACAAAGGCUUCAGUUUGCAUAAAUUAUGAACUUUUUAUGGCGCAUUGCAGUUUGGCUAUUAUGGAUUGCGUUAAGCUUAAAUUCUCUAUAAAAGGCGCAAAACGCGCGCAACAAGGCAGCAACACAUAUUUUUUGCUUGCCGUGGUGCUGAAUCGGACAGCGACAGACAACAUGCACCCCCACCCAACCUCCACGCUGCAUUGUUUAUGCUUUGAAGUAAGAUGUGUGUGUGUGUAGUGGGUGUGAGGGUGCUCGUGUCUUCACAUACGGCCUAUAGCUGUCUUUUCCCCCCCGUGCCCUGAACGUCGUCAGGCAAUACGGUGGCUGUGACUUUUUCCUCACGCGCGCGCCCACAGGAACGUCAGCUUUCUUCCACUGUGCGCGCGCCACGCAGCCUGACGCAGCCGUACGGCGGCGGAUUCAUCGCUCGCUUUCUGUCACACACGGAAACAAAACCCACAUCACAUCAGUGGAGACAAAGGGGAGCAGGAAGCCGCGCAGGGGCGCCGGAGUCGGUAUAAUUCGCUUCUGAGUUAACUGCCAGGGGGCAGAGCGACGGAAAGAGCAUGUCUGGGUCCAAGAACAGCAUCCCCCAUCUGACGAGUGAAAGGCUGCUGAUCAAAGGAGGGCGAGUUGUUAAUGAUGACCAGUCUUUCUAUGCAGAUGUCUACAUUGAAGACGGGCUCAUCAAGCAGGUGGGGGAGAACCUGGUUGUUCCUGGGGGAGUCAAGGUGAUCGAGGCCAAUGGCCGCAUGGUGAUACCAGGUGGAAUAGAUGUUAACACCUGCCUGAUGAAGUCUUAUCUGGGCACACAGCCUGUUGAUGACUUCUUUCAGGGCACCAAGGCUGCACUUGCUGGGGGCACCACCAUGAUCAUUGACCACGUAGCCCCUCAGCCUGGUGACAGUUUGCUGGAGGCGUUUGAGCGCUGGCAGGAGGCCGCAGACAAGAAAGCCUGCUGUGAUUACUCUCUGCACGUAGACAUCCCCCAGUGGAAUGAAAAUGUUAAAGAUGAGUUGGAGCUUCUGGUGCAGGACAAAGGUAUCAACUCCUUUCAAGUAUACAUGGCUUAUAAGGAUGUGUACCAGAUGACCGAUUCAGAGCUGUAUGAGGCAUUCUCAUUUCUGAAGCAGCUGGGUGCUGUGGUGUUAGUUCACGCUGAAAAUGGUGAUCUUAUUGCUCAGGAACAGAAAAAAAUACUUGGAAUGGGAAUUACUGGCCCCGAAGGCCAUCCUCUGAGUCGUCCCGAAGAGUUGGAGGCUGAGGCGGUGUUCCGUGCCAUCACUCUUGGCAAUCGUGUGAACUGUCCUGUUUACAUCACAAAGGUGAUGAGCAAGAGUGCAGCUGACACUAUCACCCAGGCCCGGAGGAAAGGUUCGGUGGUUUUCGGAGAGCCAAUUACAGCUAGCCUGGCCACUGAUGGUUCGCAUUACUGGAGCAAAAACUGGGCCAAGGCUGCUGCCUACGUGACCUCUCCACCUUUAAGUCCUGACCAGACAACCCCGGACCAUCUUCACACCCUGCUGGCCUGUGGGGACCUUCAGGUCGUGGGCAGUUCUCACUGCGCUUACAGCACCUCCCAGAAAGCUAUUGGUAAAGAUGACUUCACCUUGAUCCCCGAAGGAAUCAACGGCGUUGAGGAGAGAAUGGGCUUUGUCUGGGAAAAGGCAGUGGCCAUGGGGAAGAUGGAUGAAAACCAGUUUGUGGCAGUCACAUCCACCAACGCUGCUAAAAUCUUCAAUCUGUACCCACGUAAGGGUCGGAUAGCUGUGGGCUCUGAUGCAGACAUUGUCAUCUGGGACCCUGACAGCGUCAAAACCAUCACUGCCAAACUCCAGCAGUCGGCUGCAGAAUACAACAUCUUCGAGGGUCUGGAAUGUCGCGGAGGUCCAGUGCUGGUGCUGAGUCAAGGCCAGGUGGUGUAUGAAGAAGGAAAGCUGCAUGCUCAGCAGGGCACUGGUCGAUUUAUUCCACGCAAACCCUUCCCAGAUUAUGCUUACCAGCGGGUAAAGUUCAGGAAUGAGGUAAAGCUUAAGCAGGGUGUAACUCGGGGGAUAUAUGAUGGCCCUGUAUAUGAUGUUGCUCCGACUCCCAAAUACAUUACUCCUUCUCCGUCAGCCAAAACCUCUCCCACCUCUCACCAGCCACCACCAAUACGUAAUCUUCACCAGUCCAACUUCAGCCUUUCAGGUGCACAGAUUGAUGACAAUAUCCCACGUCGCUCUGGCCACCGCAUUGUAGCACCCCCGGGUGGUCGCUCCAACAUCACCAGCCUUGGCUGAAUACUUGAAUACAUAUGAAGCACGGCUGGUGCGACGCUUCACCUACUGAGUGUGUGCGAGUGUAUGUGUACGACUGAGUGUAAGCGCAACAAUAUGAAUGAAUACCUUUGCAUUGUUUUGGCAUAACGUGACCGUUUCUGUUAUAUCGGUUUGUCAUGGUCACUCAGAACAAAAAAAGCACAUUUCUACUUCUAAUCCAAAAAAGGUGUGUGAGUUACAAUCAGAUAAAUAAUUCAAAACAAUAAAAAGUCACGUUCCAGGCGCGCGCACACACACACACACACACAUACACACACAGAUUCGGUGUUGGACCCCCUCCAACCAACCCGUCGCCCCAGUGUUAUGUCAUAAACUUAUUUCCUGUGAGCAUGACUUCCUUCUUAUUCUUCCUCACCUCCCACAUCUUACCGUGUGGGUCUGACAUGGUGCUCCUUUCCACCCACAUGGUGGACAGCUCAAGAAUUGUCAGAUUUCUUUCUGCAUCUGGUUCUAAUAUCUUGGCAAUAUUUGUUUCAUUGUGGCUCAAGCGGAUCAGUUACACUGCAUGGACGCGUCUUUAGAUGUUACACUACUUGUGGUUUAUUGUUGCAAUGGAGGAACACUUAAAAAUGAACUCAAAGCACAUUUGUAUUCAACAGCACAAGCAUAUUCUUAUAUUGGUAUAUGUAUGCUUUGAAAACCCUAACGACAUCCACUGUGGGUAGAGGCAGUUGUUACCUAGUUAAAAACAUAUUCAUGCAAUUUAAAUUACUGUAAAUUUUGAAAGGAAUGCAUUUUUUUUCUCCACCACCAGAUACUAUAUGCAAAUGUGUCAGUACUCUCUUACACUCUGUGUGAAAGUAGAUAAGCAGUCAAAGUGAAAACAGAAACAAGUGAACUAAAUUAAGUUCUAGAUUGAUGUACCUACAUAAUGUAGACUUCUCAGUGUGCGUGCUUAGUUUGCUGCCAAUCACUCCCACCAGAAUAAGAACUUUGUUGUAAUGACAUGCUGAACUCACUGCAGAAAAAGAACUUCAGCUGUCACCACAGCUUUUUAAAACUUUUCUGAAAAUGUUUUUUUUUUUUAAUCUUUUAUUGUUUCAGUUAUUUAUUUCUGGGCAUUUUCCUCAUUAUCGUACAUUUAGUGUUUCUGUGUUUUUGUUACUCUUGUCUGGUGUCACCAAUGGAACCACUUAAUAAAGACUGGACUGUUGUCAAAAAUGAUGGUAAAACAAA